AUGGGCCAUAGAUAUACAAAAUUACAAAGAUUCAGAAGAUUAAGAAGCAAAUCGAAAGACUCUUUGCAAGUGAAGCAGGUCGAAGAAGCAGCUGCCGACUCUAUUAAUCAUGCAAACUUUUCGUGGUUACAUGGACGAAAGGUGUCGGAUGAGAAGAAUUACGUCUUACCAAAAGACGGCGUUGAAUUCGAUCGAUUGACUAAUCUGCAUUUAUUGUGGAAGUAUGUUUUACGUGGAAAUCAUCAGGCGCCUUUGAAUCCAAACAUGAAAAAUUGUCUCGAAAUAUGCGUUGGGAAUGGUGUCUGGAUUAAAGAAAUGGCAUCUCAAUUUCCCGAUUGUCAUUUUGAAGGGAUUGAUCCCGAUCUCUCAAUAUCAAGCGAAGAUCUUCCAAGUAAUUGUACGGUUACGAAAGGGGAUUAUACAGCCCUCCCCUAUCCGAAUGAUCACUUUGAUUAUAUACAUUGUAGAUUGUGUUUCACUUGGUUGCCAUCUAACAAGAUUGGUCCCAUAUUGGAUGAAUUCAAACGAGUAACUAAGCCCGAGGGUUGGAUCGAGAUACUGGAACUCGAUCUAUACCCACGAAAUACUGGGUCGUAUUACGAUAAUUGGAAAGGCACAUGGAAGUUACUCAAUGACAGCAAAUUGUAUGAUGUAAAAGCAAUCAGAUCGCUUGGCGAAUCUCUCAGAACGCGCAAUCUUGUGGAUGUCACUGAUAAUUCAUUCUCAAUGCCUAUCGGAAAUUAUUGUGGCACAAUCGGAAAACUUUGGGCUGAUCAUCUGCAAGCAACAUUCCAAUCGGCUUCUGGUGCCGUAUUGGAACAUAUGACCAUGAACCUUGAGGAUUUUAACAAGUUUAUCGAAAACAUGUUGGAUGAAUUCAACGAAAAGCAGUCGUUUAGCAACGUCCACAUGGUUUUAGGAAAGAAACCCAAGAAUGAAAAACAAGUCGAGACUAAUCAAGAAAAAUUAAGAUGA